AUGGAUCGACAAGUACCCAACAAAGGCUUACGUAUUGGUAACAGAAAUGGAAAAGAAAUUCGACCUGCUUCACUAGUUCUCAAAGUGUCAAACUAUCUUCUGGGAGAAAAGCAAGGUUUUGCUUCAAGCUCUAAAGGAGUAGUACCCACAAUCUGGAUAAUGAUAAGGAGUAGUACAAGGCAAAACGAGGAGUGUGAGAUGAUUAAUUGGAGCAGAUUAAAAGGAGUGCAAGGAGAAUUAAUGAUACAGGACCACACAACUUUAACGACUGUUAAUAAGUAUCAUGGGCCUGAGAGUAGAAGGCAGCAUAAUUUAUUACUGCUACAGGACCAUGCUACGUAUAAAGAAGUGGAAGUUUUGCAUGGGAAUGGUUUCUCCAAAAACAAGCAAAAUAUUGUAGUUGAGCAGAAUGAAGAAGAGAAUUUGUUACAAAUAAUCCCUUUUGAGGACUUGGGUAAUGAAGUAGUCUGUGAUGAUUUUAAUGUCGUCACCUCACUCUUAGAAAAAGUAGGGGGACGAGACCCUGACUUAGGAGCUAUGGAUGAUUUUAACCAGUUCAUACAUCAAAGCGAGAUGAUUGACGCUGGCUAUGUACAGAAAGAAGAGCCAAACUUAGUUCUCAAAACUUAUAAUUGGGAAGUUUAUGGCAAUAUUUAUAAAAGAGUAUUUGAUGCAGAGGAUGAGGUUACCCGAAAGGAAGCAGACUUUCUGAUGAAUAAUUCUGAUGAUGUGACCCAGAAUUUGGCAGCAGCAAAGUUUAAAUUGUCAGCUCUGGUUUUGCAACAAGAAAUAUUUCUAAGAGAAAAGGAGACUAUGUUGGGAAAUGAGGUAGUCACCUAUUUUCAGGACCUUCUACAGUCUAGACCAGUGACCCUCCAGAUGAUCUCCCUGAUGUUGUUCCCUCACUAG